AUGACUAAAGAAGAAGCUCAGACAAGCAGCAAUAGCAAUAACAAUAACAAUAACAAUGACAGCGCUGUUGUUGAAGAAGACGGCGGUGCACAAUUCCAAUCGUUUUUAAACAAUGACGGUAUCGACCAGUUGACACCCCAAGAAAGAAAACACAGGGUCUCCUCCUUAUCCUUGUCGGACUUGAACCAAUGGCAAAAUGGCUUAACCAAAUUAAGCUCAUCUACAAACUUGAACAAGAAUGGCAGCAAUGCCAACUUGAAAAAAGUGGAUUCCUUGGCCAAAUUAUCAAGAAACUCAUCCAUCAUCAAGAGAAAGAAGAAGCAGAUUAUCGACCACGAAAGAGUCGCUUCAUAUGCAUUCUGUUUCGACAUUGAUGGUGUCAUUUUGAGAGGACCAAACACCAUUCCACAAGCAGUAGAGGCCAUCAAGAUGCUCAAUGGUGCCAACAAGUACAACAUCAAGGUACCAUCCAUCUACGUUACCAAUGGUGGUGGUAAACCAGAGCAACAACGUGCAGACGACUUGAGCAAAAGAUUGGGCACAACAAUCACCAAGGAACAAAUUAUCCAAGGACACACCCCAAUGAGAGACUUGGUUGGUACCUACAAGAAUGUAUUGGUUGUUGGUGGUGUAGGAAACGUUUGCCGUAACGUUGCCGAAUCUUAUGGAUUCAAAAACGUUUAUACUCCAUUGGACAUUAUGAAGUGGAACCCAGCAGUUUCUCCUUACCACGACUUGACCGAAGAAGAAGAAAUCUGCACCAGAGAUGUCGACUUUAGCAAGACACCAAUCGACGCCAUUAUGGUAUUUGCCGACUCAAGAAACUGGGCAGCAGACCAACAAAUCAUUUUGGAAUUGCUCUUGUCCAAAAACGGUGUUAUGGGAACACAAUCAAAAACAUUUGACGAAGGCCCAGAAAUUUACUUUGCCCACUCAGACUUUAUCUGGGCAACAAACUACAAAUUGUCCCGUUACGGUAUGGGUGCAUUGCAAGUCUCAAUUGCCGCUCUCUAUAGAGAACACACUGGAAAAGAAUUGAAGGUGAACAGAUUUGGUAAGCCACAACACGGUACAUUCAAGUUUGCCAACAAGGUUUUGAGCCACUGGAGACAAGGUGUCUUGGACGAACACUUGAAGAAGUUGAGCAUAAACGACCCAAAUGCCAAGGAUGCUGACAUUUUGAUCAAUGAAGACGGCGAAGAGAUUAUCAACCAAGAGAAAUUGGAGUCAUAUUCAUUCUCCGAUAGUGAAGAUGAUGAAGAUGAUGAUGACGAUGAAGAUGGCGAAGAAGCAGGAUUAUCUCUUGACCAGAAGAAGAAGAAGCACAAUGAAGACCUCAAGAAACAUAUUGGCAAAGUUGCUGAGGUUGGUAAGCCAGACAAGAUCACUUUGGAAUUGCCACCAGCAUCAACAGUCUACUUUGUUGGUGACACUCCAGAGUCAGAUAUCAGAUUUGCCAACUCGCACGAUGCGUCAUGGCACUCGAUCUUGGUGAAGACUGGUGUUUACCAAGAAGGAACCGAACCUAAAUACAAACCAAAACACUUGUGUGACGAUGUCUUGGAGGCUGUCAAGUACGCCAUUGAAAGAGAGCACCAGUUGGAAUUGGCUGAAUGGAACGAAACCGCACAAGCAGAAAACGAAGACACCAACGACAAGGGCUCUAGAUUGAACUUUGCCGACUUGGUCAUGACACCAAGUGAUAAGAAGAAGAAGAAGGAGCAGGAAACUACCCAAGCUGCUGAAGACAAAGGAAUUAAGAGAGCCGAAGAUGCACCAGAAGCACUCGAGAUCCCUGUUGGAUUAACCGACCAAAUUGACAAGCUCAAGGAAGUUGGUAAAUAA